AAAGUUGUUAUGAUGAAAUUAUUACGUUAUCACCUUUAUCACCUUUGUUAAGCAGUUGGCACGAUCUUGAUAAUUUAUGGGCAGGUACCUUUCUAAAAGCAGCAAAAAAUUUCUUGGACACAAAUACCUUUGUUACUCUGAAGGAAAAAGUUGAGUCAGAACGUGUUGGGAACGGUUUAAAGGGGUAUUGGAAAAAGCUUAUCAAAAACCGUAAAGAUAAAGAAAAUCUCGCACCAUCUACUAUUACAGGCAAUUAUAACAAAGAAAAAAAUGAAUUUUCUGGUAUUGACGCGGACAAAUUAAAACUUUGGAAAGUAGAAAUACCGGAUGAGGAUGAAAAUAUGAUAAAUGGCCUUACUUUCCAUGAUCAUGAUACUGUAUAUUAUUGCCAACUAGACGAAUAUGUAAAUACUUUAAUGAACCUCGAGAGGAACAUAUUCAUAUCAUCAUAG